AUGGCCCCCCAUAUCACUGUUGUCCCCGCCUCGACCAGAGUCGGCACAGAGACAAUUCGGUGGCUUCUAGCCUCCUCAGAGAAGCCUUUAGUUCGCGGCAUCUACCGUGACACCUCAAAAGCUCCUGCUGAGUACACCGAAACCCAUAAUUUCGAGGCCGUCAAAGGAGAUGUUGAGAGUGGAGAUGUUCUUGACUUCACCGGCUCUGACGCGGUCUUGUAUGUGCCACCACCGACAUAUGAAAAAAAAAUAGCCCUGGCCGAUUGGGCGCGACAGACAGCUACUAAUGUCAAGGAUGCAUUGCACCGCGCAAGCGUCAAGAGACUUGUCAUCUUGUCCGGUCUAGGAUCUCAACAUGAUCGUGGUGUUGGCCUCGCAUGCCUCAACCAUGAGACGGAUCAAAUACUCAAAGACGCUGUACCUGAUGUCACCAUUCUUCAGAGUACCCAUUUCCUGGAAGAGUUCAAGUAUAUCUUCCAAGCGCCAUUAGGGGACCCUCCAAGCAUCGCCUCUUGGAUUGCCCCAGCAGAUUAUAAAAUUCCAAUGGUCAGUAUCAUGGAUAUUGGCGAAGCAUGCGCCAAGUAUCUACUUACAGACUCUGGAAAUCCCAGCUUGCAGCGUCUCAAGAUAUUCGGCCCUCGUCCGUACAGCUCAAACGAUCUGAAGGAUGCCUUUAAGGAGGUGACCGGGAAAAAGGCUGAUCUUGUACUUGCCCAAGGCGACGACUUAAAAGCUUUACUUAGGCAACUUUUCCCAGAGCACUGCAUUCCGGACUUUAUGGAGAUUAUAGAAGCAUCUUUACCUGGCGGACUAAUUGCAGAGGAAUAUGGCUAUGAUGAGAAGACUAUAAUAGGGAAGGUUGAGUUGAUUGAUUCUCUUUACGAGCUAAAUAAGUAUAACGGCUAG